CGUGGCGCUCGCGCGUGUACGCGAGUCUACUCGGUGUAUUAUGACCAUAAUAAAUAAUAGACGCGCGAGGGGUACGAGAACGAAACAUUUCUGGGCUGCCGCCUAUGAAAACUGAAAAGGCUAUGAGAUCAUACAUCAUCUAGAUCUUAGAUCUACUCAGCCUUUUGUAGCAAAUGAUAUUGAUUGUGCCUCUGUUGUUUCGUUUCUGUUGACAAAAAAUACAACUCUAAAAUACUUGAUUAAAUUAAAUUCGGGAAUAUGGCAACGGCAGUCGAAACCCCGGAAGUGAGAGUAACUGGUCAACUUGUUCCCUUGGAAGAGUUUGAUAGAAUAAGAAAUGCUGUUUGCUUGUUGAAAUCAAAUACCAAAGACCAAAGCAAGUCAUGGAGUGCUUCUGGAUUUUAUGUAAAGGUGAAACUAAAAGGAAAAGAAAUUCAUUGCAUCAUGACAAAUUUUCAUGUAUUUCAAAAGAAACAGGAAAAUAGCGAUGAUAUGGUGGCUGUGUUUAAUCAUGAGUCAACUGAAAGGGAGCCUUUGGAACUUCCCCUUGUGCCAUUCACAUUAUUUGCGUCAAACACGGUACUGGAUUAUGCAUUGAUUCGAGUCAAAGAAAGUGACAUGAAAUCCGUAGGGGUGAAACCAAUACUGGCUGAUGACAGUAGAUUACCAGAUGUCCAUGAUGAUGAUACAGUGUACAUUAUUCAACAUCCAGAAGGAUGGAGAAAGCAUUUUAGUCAUGACAAAGUCAAGCGUGUUAACAAACCAUUUAUAGAAUACAAUGCCGAUACGCUCAGAGGAUCUUCUGGAUCACCUGUCUGUAUCUUGAAUGAGUCAAAACUUUUUCUGCUUGCAUUGCAUAGCUGUGGUGUUACUUAUGAUGGAGCUAACCCAAGUGCUUGGAAUAAAGGCGUGCUUCUUUCUGAAAUAUUGCAUCAUCUUCUCACUGGUUUAGUUCAAGAGCUUCCUACGCCCACACCUGGUGUUCCGGAUCAAAUGGAGAGUGGUAGUUUGGCUGUCGUAGGUAAGAAAGAUCCUGAUAACAGAGUCACCAAAGAUGAUAUUAUUUACAUAGCUAACGAUAUCAUCGGAGAGUGGAAGCAGCUUGGCAGAGCACUUGGACAUUCGGACAGCACUUUAAAAAUCAUUGACGCAGAUAAUGAUAAAGUGUACAAUAAAUCCUAUGAAAUGUUAAUCAAAUGGACCUAUAAAAUGGUGUCAAAAGCGACCUAUGGGAAUCUAGCGGCAGGCUUCUCUCACCCAACUGUAAAUAGGUUCGACUUGAUUGAGAAGUACUGUUAAAAUCUAUGUGUAGUAAUUUUAGUAGUUACCAUUGUCCCCUCCAUGGGAAGCAGACUGGCCCUCCCCUCAGAGGAAGCAAAACAGUCUAAAACAGAACGCCAAACAGCCGUCUAAAAAAAGAACGCCAAACAGUCUAAAAAAAAAGCGCAUGUGUCGUUAAGUGUUUUCUAGGUCUUUUAGCAGGUUUAUGUUUUAUACCGUGUUUAUGAGCUUGUAAUCGUUGCUAUUUUUAAAAUUGCUAUUUUUAAAAAAGAAUCACAAGUAUAAUUAGCCAAUGAAAUUCUAGAUGAAAUUCGAACUUCUAAGAAUUAAUUUUACACGGCGAUAGCAAGAAUAUAAGUAUUUGCAAAAAUGAGCGAAAUAAACAAUGUUUAAUGCUCACGUGACUGA